AUUACUCUGCGACUGUAGCGGAAGAGACGUGGCAGAAAAAUGCUUCCCGAUAAAUGCAUCACAAAUAUGAGUUAGAUUAGCUGGACCAGGACAUUUUUCACAGUUCUGAGCUUCAGUUUAAAGACACGGAGCUUGACUGAACCCGCGCUGUCUCGUUCGACAGGCAGACCAUGGGUCUGUGUAAGUGCCCGAAGAGGAAGGUUACAAACCUCUUCUGCUUUGAACAUCGGGUCAAUGUUUGUGAGCACUGCCUUGUAUCCAAUCACAGUAAGUGUAUAGUACAAUCCUACCUGCAGUGGCUCCAGGACAGCGAUUACAAUCCCAACUGCAGUUUGUGUAAUCAACCUCUUAUUUCCCAGGACACUGUGAGGUUGGUGUGCUAUGAUCUAUUCCACUGGUCAUGUCUGAAUGACCUGGCCUCACGCCUGCCCCUGUACACAGCACCAGCAGGUUACCAGUGCCCAACAUGCCAGGGGCCAGUCUUCCCUCCCUCGAACCUGGCCAGUCCUGUGGCUGAUGUUUUGAGAGGGCAACUCUCCACGGUUAACUGGGCCAGAGCAGGACUAGGCCUUCCACUGGUUGAAGACAAACAAGAGGCUGAGGAGAACACAUCCCAUGAUGUCACUGAUUAUACAGACUGGACCUUUGAUACCCCUGCUGUGGAGUCCGCUGUUGCCUCUUCCCUCUCGUACAGCCCAGAGCCAACGAUCAGUCCCACACCUCCCCAUCAGGACAUGGGCCACAGCCAUGGAGUACACAAUAACGGAGGAGUGGGCGUACAAGACUCUGUCAUCAACAUGAUCACAGCUACUUCACCUGACACCAUUACUAUCAGCAAAGCUUCUUCACCAAGGAAGGUGUAUGACACACGAGAAUCGAGCCACUCUUCAGUUACCCAAAUCGACUUUGACGAUGAUAAAUACCGCCGGCGGCCCGCCCUCAGCUGGUUUGCACAGAUACUGAAGAACCGCUUGGGCACUAAAAGAAAAGGCCUAACGACAAAGCAGAGAAUUCUCAUGCUGUUCCUGAUUGGAAUGAUUGGCUUCUUCACCCUCAUCAUCAUAAUGGCCAAGCUGGGCCGGGCUUCAGCCGAUGACGACCCCAACCUGGACCCCAUGAUGAACCCUAACAUUAGGGUGGGCAACAUGUGAGGAGUGAGAGGACUCCUCUGCUUCUGGAGCGGUGGUGUGAUGUCUCACCCCCCGAUCCAGCUUGAGUAGAAUAAACUGGAAGCAGGAACGGCACUGCAGAGUGCUGCAGGGACCAGCAAGUCGACGCCUUCUGCGUGGCAUUUCGUGGGAAUGAGAAUGAUUAUGGUGAUGACCCAGAACGUUUUCUGACUGGGGGUCUGGAAGAAGGACCUCCGUUCUGCCUAUUCUUAGUGUGGCUGCCAGCAGAGGCAGCAGAGUUUCACUGUACCAAUGUAUCUGCUUCUGCCCUCUUCUAUGAGAUUACGUAGAAAUUCACACACCCUUGAAGGCACAAGAGUGUGUUCAGUGUUUUAUUAAUAGACCACCGGCAGUUCUUCAGGCAUUCGUGUGUACUAAAAUGCAGUUAUCGAUUGGGUAUGUGUACAUGGUGGUGGGGACGCAUCUCUUUCUCAAAGCAAUAUGAUCAGUCAGGACUCCCUCUCUCUAAAACAGGAAAUUAGGAUUUAACUGUUUAAAAAAAAUCAGUAUAUAACUUUUAUUAUCGGAUCAGUUACCAAGCAUGCUUUUCUGCAGCUCCAAAAAUAUGAUUUGGACAUGCAUAUAAAUUUCCAGUCUGUAGGUAGGAAAAGUAGUGCUGUGCCACUAAAUAGCUAAGCAUUUUGUUUAAGCACCUUUUCUGUAUAUUCUGAAUAGGGGUGGGCAAUAGGGUGAAAAAUAUUGUAUCACAAUAUUUUAAAGACCUUUUCCCAUGCUGAAAUAUUUAUUACAACCUUUUGACACACUUACAAAACACAUCAGCUUAGCAGCAAAUUGUUCAAAACGUUAUACUUAAGUCAGAUUAUUAUUAUUGUUUUUAGUUGUUCAGUGUUCUUUAUGCACUGACAAUAUUCAUAAUAUGCUCCAAAACGUUCAGUAUACAGACACCUGCUCAUUGAAGGUUCUUUUCUUUAAGGUAAUUAAAUAUAGUUUAUUCUGCUUUUGUUGGAGUAACUGUCUCUACUAUUCAAGGAAGGCUUUCUACCAGAUUUUGGAUUAUUGCUGUGAAAAUUUGAUUGCAUUCAGUGAUUACUUCAUCAGAACUACAGUUCAUCAGAAUGUGUAAUAUUUUACAUUAAAUAUUAACAUUUCUUAUCAGGAUUGCAAAAUGUAUUACAGUCUCACAAUCCAAAUAGGAUUAAAUAUAACCCACAGAGCUGUGCUGGAACUUAUAAAUCCCCAAAUAACUGUUUUCUUUUGGUUUUGUUGAUUGUUUGAAAACUAAUAUAUUGGAAUCACUUCUGGCUGUGUUAACACUACACUCUCGUCUGAACUUUCUCCCCUCAGUCUGGUUUCCAUAUUUCUGCCUCUACUCUUCUUUACUUUUUAAAGAUCUACAACUACAAUGGGAGAUGCUGUACAGUUUGGACUUGUUGUCGGAGCUCUGCUGAAAGAGAGAUGUGUGAUAGUACAGAACUGAACUGAAUAAAAGGAUUUCACUUUUCACAUCAAUCUUACUAUUAAAUUAUGAACUUUAAAAAAUA